AUGGAUAGGCUCCUCAAAUCUGCCCUCGAGGCGUUAGGCCCGCUCCUGACGCAGAUUUCUAACAUCACUGGCACCCCCGGAAUCUCACUUGGCGUUCUACACCAUGGCGAAAUCCUUCAUACGGCCAGUUACGGACUUCAGGAUGUUGAGAACCGCGUUGCGCCCAAUGCUGACACAAGUUUCCUCCUCUGCUCCAUCACAAAAGCCAUUACGGCUUCCAUGAUCGGCAUGAUGGUUGAAGAGGGCAAGCUGGAUUUUACAACUCAACUGAGACAAAUCUUUCCGGAGUACCAACGGGAUGACGCCCAGGCCAACAUAACGAUCGAAGAUCUUCUCAGUCAUAGGACGGGGCUCGCGCCUUAUGAUAGCCUUUGGCUUGGCUCGGAUAACCGGAUCUUUUUGAACCGUUCCGAUGCUAUCCCAACCUUGAGUUAUGUCCCAUCUGCAAGUCCACUGCGUACACGGUUUGUAUACGAUAAUAUCGGCUACGAGGUUCUUGGCCAAGUCCUCGAGAAGUUGACCGGUUUAUCCUACCUGGAGCUACUUCACGAGCGCAUCAUCGAACCACUACACUUGAAUAGAACUUUUUUCGCCCAAGAGCCAUUCGAUAAUAACACAGCCAAAUCCUACGCAGCUCUAGGGGAUGGCUCAUUUUGUGGCAUUCCGCCUUGGGGCCAUGGCAAGGACUUGCUUAUUGGUGCGGCUGGCGCAAUUCGCAGUUCCGUUAGCGAUCUCUUGGUGCUAUACAGGGCAUUGAUUGAGGCAGCCAACUCACAAGUGGCCCAGACAUCGACACCAGGUUCUGAGAAUCCUUUCAAACAAAUGCCGAUGCUUUUACAGGGUAAAAUUGGCGUCCCUAACCAAUCUUUGCGGGAGUACAGCUAUGCGUCAGGAUGGAUUCGAGCAGAGCUCCCGGCAAUUCUCGAUUUAUUUGCUGAUUACGAGCCUCCCAUUCUAAAUAACGGCUCAGAAUCGCGCCUUAUGAUUUAUCAUCAAGGCUACAUCCCCGGUAACGCCGGCUUUGUAGCGCUAUUCCCCGAAACUACAACCGCUGUGGUUUUGCUGGGCAAUUCUGCCGGCCUUACUGACGCGAUGAAGCUGCUGGGUCAGAUCAUUGUAGAAACUGUGCUGGGCAACGAGGUCGAUGCACCGACAUACAUUGAAGCGGCCAAGACGGCUUCCACAAACAAUGUCAUGUUGCCCAAUUAUGUGUACCAGGAUCUACUCGAUGGAAAGACGCGUGAUUCACCCAGUCGAAGCACUUCAGCAUAUACAGGCCGAUACUACAAUGCCAUUGAGAAUUUUUUCAUCGAUAUCAACGAGGUAGAUGGCAAGCUUCAAGUAGCAUACAUGGGAUCAGAUCGCGAUACGUUUGACUUGGAACCCUAUCAGACUGACAGUUUUUUCUGGUGGAUUGACUACGAUGAGACUGUAAAGCGGGCAAGGCUAUCAGGAUUUCCCAAGGAAUACUUCAUCUUGAGCUUUGGCUGCCCAUCUACGCCUACAAAGUGGAGUUUCGGCGCCAAUGUUAGGAUGGGCUGUCUAACUUGGAAACAUGAAUUCCAACUGUCUGGGGACGGAGAGAUUUUCCAAAGGAAGGGAAACAAAGUGUCCAGCGACAUGCAGCGUGUCUUGAAAACGUCGAUGGAGCUGAAAUAA